AUGGCCAACAUCGAAUUGGAGCCUGAGGGAUUCCCCAAGUGGAUUCAAGAAGCUUCAAGAGGCUGCUGUUUAGACCACGAUGGAGGAGAGACACCCCCAAAAGGCUCGACAGUGCCCAAGCUCCAAGCUGUUGAUGUUUGGUUCAUGUCCUCGUCCCCCAAGGCGGCUCGGGCACCACACUUCAUAGGCUUCCAUGUUUCUCAGACGCAGUCACCCAGAGGAGGACACUCAUCCCCCAAAUCCAUCGAGAGCUGCGGAGUGAAGAGCUUUGCACUUUUGGAUCUGACCGACGUCGUCGCGUGGGACCCGCAAGGGACAGCGGCAAGGGACAGCGUCAAGGGACCCGCAAGCUUGAGGUACCGUGCUAGCAACGGUGACGCGAGCACGUUCGACUGGUCGGAGGUGCCAGAAGGUGUCCUGCCUUAUGAGGCUGGUCAGGGCAUCCCAGAGAUCGACUUCUCCUACAAUGGGAUCACCUCGGCCGAGCUCGACCGAGUCUUGGAAGUUUGCAGCCGCUGCCCCAAGCUUCGUGUUUUGCUCUUUGGCGCGAGGGGGUCGAAACUCUUCAAGAACAGCAUCGACGACAGUGGCGCGGAGGGCCUGGCCGAACUUUGUCGGCAGAGCCCCAAGAUCGAGGAGAUCCAUUUGUCGCACAACAUGUUCACUGCGGAGGGCGUCCCUCGGGAUGGACGAAGUCCCGGAAGUCCCGAGAAGCCGGCCAGUGUGAUCAUUAUUGCAGCGGAGGCCUGUCGGCAGCCUGACACGGCUGCGGACUUAGCCGUUUCGCACCGACGAUUCUUCCGGGAGAUCAAGCAGCUUUCGGAGUUGCAAGGCCUGCACCAGCAGGACCUGUGUGUGCCUCGUCAGAGACCACAUCGGAUCGGGUGGUCAGGGCUCGUGGGGGACGUGGGGGACGGAGAGGUGGAUUCUCAUCCCGACCUCCCACAACUGGCGAAGAGCGGAGCGACCAACGGGAACAACGGCAACCACGCGUUGCCAAGACAAAUGAUGCGACAGUUCCGUGAGGAUCUGGAUCGGCAGAGCCUUUGGCAGAGAUUGGGAUUGGCACCCGGCAUGCUUUCGGUGGGGAUUCCCGGUCGGCAGGUAAGGAGAAGUAUAGAUGAUGGGGGAGAUGCUGGCGAACUGGCUAAGAAGGGCAAGUCCAAGGGCAAGUCCGAGCCACUGGAGCGCGCGGAGCGUGCGAAGAUCGACUUCGAGAAGCCGCGGCCCAUGCAGCGAGCCGUCAGCGACGAGGUUGCGCCCGAGGGUGGACGGCCUCCACAGAUUCAAGUGGAGCAGUUGGUCGACCCCGAGGGCGCCCAGGAGCAUCCCUGCGGCCGGCUUUCAAUCAUGGGUCAUGGACCGCGCGACUUGGCCAAGACAGGUCAGGCCUGGAUCGCGGGUCACUUUCAUCAGGUGACUUUGAAGACAGUGGACCUUGUCUACUACCAAAAUUGGAAGGCAGACGUGGUGCCUCUCCACCGCGCGCAGCAUCCGGCCGCGGGCAUUCUCCAGCGACAAUGGCAGCUUGACGAGGGCAUCAUGUGUGAAGAGAGAACGGAGCUCAUCGGGGUCCACCUGGAAGAAUUGCCCAAAGAAAGAAUGUCACCACUGGUGCUUAUGAAACCUCGCACCAAGCAGAGAUCCUUUCGUGUCCACGACAUUCCUGAGGGCGACCUUCGACUCGCUCAGAAGAGCCGUGGGCCGUCGGCUGUCCGGAUGUUUGAGGAGACCUUGGGUGGAAUUGGGGUGACCCCAGAGGGGCGCGGAGCCUCCCCCUUGAGGCCGCCCUUUGCGGAGCCAGCAUGCCGGAUGAUCCUGGGCGGAGAGAGCGUGGCGUGGAAUGCCAGUGGGUCGGCGACCUGCCGGACCGCGGUCCGAGCGACGGUGACGUUGGUUCGCUGGACGGGUGGAUGGGUAGAGUCGGUGAAGAUCUGGAAGAAGAUCUGGAAGAAAAUGCGAAGGACAACUCAGCAUCGCAGCCGUCUACGCAUCGCGGCGCAGCCCAGCGGCCAGGACUACGCAGCCCAUUGCAAGGUUUGUCCAGUGGCAGCUGCCUUGCGGACACCGACUGAGAACGAGGGGGGUGAGAACCCCAAGCUGCUGCGCAUCAAUGCGAAGGAUAUGGUGAAGAUCUACCGGACCGUUCCCUCCGGCUGGGCUGGUGGCAUCCUUUUGGACAAGUGCAUGGAAGAAGUGGGACUGCCAGGCCGCGCAGAGUCCUCGGUCCGGUCGGCCUCCAACGGCUGGUUCCCCAUCAAGUACGUUGAGCUCUACAAGUUUCACCUGACUUCCAUCAGCUGGCGCGCCAUGAACACACCGUGCCACGACUUGGACAGCUUUAGGUUUGACUCUCCGCCCUGUGUGGCCUGCGACUUCCAACGUCGACGGAAGGCGCUAGGUUUGGACGUCGCGCUGCAAAUGUGGCUUCGGGCAGUGAAGCGAGACCUGCGGAUCAGUCUGGCGGCCGGGGGUCCCAGCUCCUCUUGA